UCCGCAACUACGGCAGCCGGAAAGGAUCAACCCGCCCGGUUGUCCCACGUGUUUCUACAGUUUGUUGUCAUUCGGCUGUAUUCGUAAAGUCGCGAUAAAUUAGCAAGUGUUUUUUGCUUUUAUCCUGCUUGUACCAUUAGCUUAAAAUGAACGGCAAAGAAGACGAAGAUUGUUUGUUUCUUGAGAACGUUUUGGAUCAACUUUAUGAGUUUGAUGAUGGACUGACAUCAAAAAAGAAGCUCAAGUCUCAGAAGAAGAACAAACGAAAGAGAUGUGAGGAAGAGGAGGAGGAGGAGGAGGAGGAGGAAGAGUUCAGUGCAGUCAAGGAUAUCUGCAGUGACAGUGAGGAGCAAGCAGAUCGUGUUGGGACUGAAACCCAGCAGCAACAAGUGAAGAGUGAACAAACAGGUCCAAUCAUCCGACAGGUGAGCCAGGUGGAGGUUGUGACAUUUCAGGACCCCAGAAAAAACCCGAAAACUAAGUGGAAGCCAGCCCCCGACAAAAUGCCUGCCCCUCAGAAGAUAACCGAGAAGAAGGAAAGCGACCCGCUAGAAGAACUAAAUUUGGAAAAGGCUCGUCUUGAGGUCCAUCGGUUUGGAAUCACCGGCUACAAGAAGGAGCAGCAGCGUGUGUUUGAGCAGGACCGAGCAGUCAUGCUGGGAGCCAGGCCUCCAAAGAAGAACUACGUCAACUACAAGAUGCUGCAGCAGCAGAUCAAAGAGAAGAAGCAGAAAGCAAAGGAGGACGUUCAGCCGGACCUGAAGAAAAAGAAGAAGCCGAGUAAUCAAAGGAACAAGAAGAAGAAGGUGAGCUCUGGCUCUGCCUCUGCUUCUGGUUCUGGCUCGGCUCCCUCGGGUCAGGUGGGCCGCUUCAAGAAUGGCAUGCUGAUCCUCAGCUCCAAGGAGAUCCAGAAGAUCAAAAGCAACAAAAGGCGCAAAUAGGUGAGCGAUUAAAUCCUCCAGGAUGGGAAAACAUAAAGUACCACACAAACACACAGUCAGAGACUCGGCUUCCUGCAGGACCGUUUGGAGCUGUGAGGCUGAUUUCCAGAGGACUUGUCUGCAGGAAAGAAUAAAGCCGUUACUGGAGACAGACUGCUGAGUCAAGGAUUUAACGCUCACAGCGGCAGGACGUCAAUGCACCAAACUAGAGACUUCUGUCGAAUCAUUUUCCAUCACGGUUAAUUUAUUUUUGUUUUUAUAAAUGACCAAAAAAAAGACAUUUCAGUUUCUCUUGUUUUACACAUCUUGUAAUACAAACGUCGUGGGCAACCAACGCACAAAUGAAGCCAUACAAGAGCUUAGAUGCUUAUAAUUUCUUUGUUUCUGGCUGGGUUGGUAGUCUUCUUAGCAAACCAGUGAAAGAUGACAGGGUG